UUGAAUAAAAACUGCAACCGACUUCCGAGGCGCUCUCAUUGCCCUGCAGGACCCCAGCCUCUGACAGGUUCGGGCUGCCCUCCUCGCCCUGUCCCCCAGCCCAGUGCUUCGGGUCCCUCCAGCUCUGCUCGCUUGCUCUCUCCGUCCAUUCCAACAGCAUGGACAAGAUCGGGUGGCGCGCAGCCUGGGGACUCUGCCUCUUGCAUCUGAGCCUGGCGCAGAUCGAUCUGAAUGUAACCUGCCGAUACUCAGGUGUAUUCCACGUGGAGAAAAAUGGUCGCUACAGCAUCUCACGAACAGAGGCUGCUGACCUCUGCGCGGCUUUCAAUUGCACCCUGCCCACCAUGGCCCAGAUGGAGGAAGCCCGGAGUGUUGGAUUUGAGACUUGCAGGUACGGGUUCAUAGAAGGGCACGUGGUGAUCCCCCGGAUCCACCCCAACUCCAUCUGUGCUGCAAACCACACGGGGGUGUACAUCCUCUCCUCCAACACCUCCCAGUAUGACACGUACUGCUUCAAUGCUUCAGCACCACAGGGAGAAGACUGUACAUCAAUCACAGACCUGCCGAAUGCCUUUGACGGACCAAUUACCAUAACUAUCGUGAACCGCGAUGGUACCCGCUACACCAAGAAAGGUGAAUACAGAACUAACCCCGAUGACAUCAAUGCCAACACUACUGACUACGAUUUCAGCAGUGGGUCCCCCAGUGAAAGAAACACUCCAACAGAUUACACCAUCUUCCACACCCAGCUUCCAACCGAAUACCCAACCCAAGGCGGAGACCAUCCCUCGGUGCCCAGCUACCCAGAGGAUGCCUCUGUUACCAGUACGGAUUCAAGUAUCAUCACAGCAGGCUCGGAGCCAAUUGAAGAAAAUGAAGAUGAAACAGACAAAAACCCCAGUCAUUCUGGAUCAGGCAUUGAUGAUGAUGAAGAUUUUAUCUCCAGUACCAUUGCAACCACACCACGGGUUUCUAACAUCCCAACACAGACCCAGGAUUGGAACAAAUGGAGCCCAGACUUUUUCACUCCGGAUGUAUUACUUCAGACAACUCCAAGGAUGACUGAUGUGGACAGAAGUGGCACCAGUGAGUAUGGCGAAAACUGGACCCAGGAGCCGCAGUCUCCUCUCAUUCACCAUGAACAACAUGAUGAAGAGGAGACCCAGCAUUCUACAAGCACAACUCUGGCAACCCCUAGUAGUGCAAUGGAAGACACAGCCACCCAGAGAGAGCAGCGGUUUACAAACAGAUGGCCCGGAGAGUAUCUCCAAACACCCAGAGAGGACUCUCAUUCAACUGCAGGGACAGAUGCCUCAGCCCAUGACAGCCAUCCAAAUCAAGAAAUGACAACGCCGAGUCAAGAGGACAGUUCCUGGACUUCUUUCUUGGACCCCAUCUCACAUCCAAUGGGACGAGGUCAUCAAACAGAAAGCAUGGAUACGGACUCCAGCGAUAGUACAACACCUCAGCCUCCUGCAGAUCCAGACUCAGGUUUGGUGGAAGACAGGACAGAAUCUCUUUCAGUGACGACCCAGCAGAGUCACACUCAGAGCUUCUCUACAUCACAUGGAGGCUUGGAAGAAGAUAAAGAGCAGCCUGUGACUCCUACUGCAACACCUAGCAGUAAGGAUGCUAGGGAUGAUGGCAAAGAUGGAAGAACAGUUGGAAAUCUUCCUGAAGACUCAACUACCUCAGCGGAAGGUGUUCCUCCUCAUUCCCCAGACACAAAGGAGCACACAACUCUCCUCCCAGUGACCCCUGCUAACACGGGGGCCCCUGCAGGUACUGAAGUUACUACUGUUGGAGACUCUAACGUUCAUGUUGAUCUUUCCUUAUCAGGAGAUCAAGACUCAACUCUUGACUCUGCCGGGAGGCACCAUACCACUCACGGAUCCAGACCAGACGGACACUCCAGUGGCAGCCAAGGAGGUGAGGCCAACACGACCUCUGGUCCUAUCAGGAAACCUCAAAUUCCAGAAUGGCUGAUCAUCUUGGCUUCCCUCUUGGCCCUGGCUUUGAUUCUUGCAGUUUGCAUCGCUGUCAACAGCCGAAGAAGGUGUGGGCAGAAGAAAAAGCUGGUGAUCAACAAUGGGAAUGGAGCUGUGGAGGACAGAAAGCCAAGUGGACUUAACGGGGAAGCCAGCAAGUCUCAGGAGAUGGUGCAUUUGGUGAACAAGGAGCCGUCAGAGACCACAGACCAGUUUAUGACAACCGAUGAGACGCAGAACUUGCAGAACGAAGACGUGAAGAUUGGGGCGUAAUACCUACACCAUGACCUUAGAAAUCAUAUAUAAUCUUUACAGGGAACUGGGACAUUCACAGAUGCAAUGUGCUACUGAUUAUUUCAUUGCAGUUUUUUUUUUUACAUAAAAUUUUCUACUUCUUUUUGUUUAUUGUGCUUUGUUUUUUGAAGUCAGUCCAACUUAUAAAAAUAGCAUUGCUUUCUGAAAUGAAGACCCAAUUAACAAUUGGCAAGAAUUUGACUGUUUCAGUUCCCGCCUUGAAGCUGCUCACUCCUUGGGGUGUGCUAUGGAUGGCUUCUCACAAAAACCACACGUAUGUCUUUCCUAUCCCUAACCUUCCCUUCACCCCACCUCCCAGGUGACAGGCACAUGCUAAGGACAUCCCCAGAGCUGAGGGAUUGGUUCUGGGAGGACAUCUGAAUGCGUCCAUGUCGCCUCUUCAGGGGCCCAAUGCCUAGGCAUCGCCUUUCCAGUGGGGGAGGGAUCGGGUGUACUGGUUACAUAUCCCCUCCUACAGACCCCCUGGAAAUUUCUCAUAUGCUUCUGAGAAUGCCCAAAGGGUAAAGCUAUUUAUCUGUAGUGAGCUAUUUAUCUGUUUUUGAAAUAUUAAACCCUGGAGGUCCUUUGAUUAGUAUGAUUUUUUGUUGUUGUUGUUCCUUUGUCAGAGGCAUAAAGGGGUUUAAGCUGAUUUAUAAUAAACAUCUGUCCUUCUUCCACUUUUA